UCACGCGCAUCUGACUUUCUCUCCUCACUCUUCCCGUGUUCAGCUCCUCGCGCACUCUGCCCCGUUCAGGACCAUGAGUUUCUCCAGUGAAGUGUACAGCUCCAGCUCGUACCGGAAGAUCUUCGGCGAUGCUCCACGCUCCGGGCGCAUGUCGAUGGCCAGCCCGUCCCGUGCCCACUCCUCGGGACUCCGCAGCGUCCAUCACCGGUACAGCUCCCCGUCCAUGUCCUCCUCCGGGAUCCGCAGGAGUGCUGCGCCGCGCGUGAACCUGGCCAUGCACGAGCCUCUGGAGCUGUGCGCCUCCACGGCCAUGACCAACGAGCUGAAGAUUGUCCGCACCAACGAGAAGGAGCAACUGCAGGGGCUCAAUGACCGCUUCGUGUCGUUCAUCGAGAAGGUGCACAGCCUCGAGCAGCACAACCGCGUGCUUGAGGCGGAGGUGACGCUAUUGCGGCAGCGCCACAAUGAGCCCUCACGCCUGCACGAGCUCUAUGAGCAGGAGAUCCGUGAGCUCCGGGCGCGUGUGGAGGAGCUGACGCACGAGAAGAGCCAGAUGCACGUGGACUGCGUGCAGAUGAAUGAUGCACUGGAGCGCUCGCGAGAAAAGCUUGAUGAGGAGAGCCGGCUCCGCGAGGAGGCUGAGAACGCGCUCAAGGGUUACCGGAAAGACGUGGAUGAUGCCACGCUCGCGCGUCUCGAGCUUGAGAAGAAAGUGGAGGCUCUGCUGGACGAGAUCGCCUUCCUCAGGAAAGUCCACGAGGAGGAGCUGCACGAGCUGCAGGCAUCACUGCAGGCCACGCAGGUGUCGGUGGAGAUGGACAUGGCCAAACCGGACCUGGCGGCUGCUCUGAAGGACAUCCGCUCUCAGUAUGAAAACCUCUCUGCCCGAAACCAGGCUCAGGCUGAGGACUGGUACCGCUCCAAGAUCGCCACAGUAUCGGAGGCGGCGGCCCGUAACCAGGACGCCAUCAAACACUCUAAAGAGGAGCUGACCGAGUACCGCCGACAGGUCCAGGCGCGCACUCUGGAGAUUGAGGCUCUGAGGGGCCACAAUGAGGCACUAGAGAGGCAGAUUGCUGAGAUGGAGGACCGCCACAACCAGGAGAUCGGCGAGCUGCAGGACACCAUCCAGCAGCUGGAGGCAGCCCUGCGCACCACUAAAGGAGAGAUGUCCCACCACCUGCGCGAGUACCAGGACCUGCUCAAUGUCAAGAUGGCUCUGGACAUUGAGAUCGCUGCCUACAGGAAGCUGCUGGAGGGCGAGGAGUGCCGCCUCAGCUCUGUCGGCGGGUCCAUGGUGCAGUCUGGAUAUCCGGGCUUCUCCUACAUGUCCCCUCGCAGCUACACCCUUGGAGCCUACAGAAGGUCCAAACCCGAGGAGGAUGGGGAUGAGGGAGAGGAUGAGGAGGAGAAGGAGGAGGGAGAGGAUGAGGAGGGAGGAGAUGAGGAGGGGGGAGAUGAUGAGGCAGGAGAUGAGGAGGGAGGUGAUGAGGAGGGAGGUGAGGAGGGAGAGGGUGAUGAUGACCAAGAGGAGGAAGAGGAGGAGCAGAAGCAGGAUAAGAAAGGCAAAGAUAAGGACGAUAAGCAAGACAAGGAGAAGGAGAAGAAGAAAGAGAAGGAUAGCUCUAGCUCCAAGACCAGCAAAAACUGAAUACAUUACACCAGUCACAUACAUGUAGGCUAUGUUCAUGUGGGCAUAUGAAUGGGACAAAAUGGAAAUAGACAAAUGCAUUUUGAGGCAACACCUGGCAUAAAACAUAUGAAAAAACACAAGUCAUAGUGGAUUUAAAGCCACAUUAUGUGACAUUUUGCAACAUUCAUAUUUUUGAGCUUCAAUAGCCUUUUGAAAACAUAUCAUAUCAUUACUACCAGUCAUUUAGCUCAUACCAACCUUAUGGUGGCUUGAGCAUUACAAAACCUAAGCUGAUAAAUUAUUGCACUAUUCCAAUAAACUUUCUAAUUAAAUCAUGUUAUUAUACAUACGAUGUUAGAGUCAUAUACAUAUCCAGGAGUAGUUACUUGACUGAUACAUUUCAGAUAUCAUGGCAUUUUAAAUCCUAAAACGUGUGUGAAAUACAAUUUAUAGAUGCCCAUUACACUUGUUUUCAUAAAUUACUAGACUCAGAGUAUUGAGAACACAUUGCUUCAACAUCAUUUAUAUAUCAAAGCAAAUUACAACAUGCAUAUCUGGGCACUACCACUCAAAAUGUUACUGUAUCAUUUGUAGUUGCAGUCUACACAUACUUCAUUUUUUGCAUAGGAACUAUUUCAAACUAUUCACAAUCAGAGUAUUGGUGCUAAAAAGUACAUAUAGUGAGCUUAAAUUUCUCCAAUACCUAUGCUAUGUUGUCCCAUUCACUAUUCUCCACAAGACUACAGCCUACAGCUCAUAUCAUGCACCAAACCACUGUCUAAAAGCCUCACACUGACACAUUUCCCAUCAUGAAACCAAUAAAUAUUGAGGUUACAGAGGCAGGUAUUGAAGUAUUAGAACUUUUUAAAAUUUUGUUUAGAACUGACAAAUUUCAAGAACGUAGUCUACUAGUUUUACAUGCACUGGAAAGUUAGAAGUUAACAAUGUUUUGACGUUUUAAUCAAUACUUCAUAUCUUAUACAUUUUCUGCAACUAAAUUACUGUAUCUACUUUAGGUUUUAUAGCCUAUCAACAAUGUCUCCAGUUAUUCUCUGAAGUAGUAUUUGGUCAAAAGUCUCAUUUGAAGUGGGAGAAAUCAAGAACAAUUAUGACACAAGAGGGAAAAAAGAAAUGGUUAACAAAGUAAAUGUGACAAAUUCAACUUCAGAGGACAAUUGGAGUACCAUAAUCCAGUUUUAAAAAAUCAACCCUUCCUCAUUAGAAAAGAGUUAAUGUAUCUCAAAGAAUGAAUUUAACGAUUUUCUCACUGCUUUCUCCCACACACUUGCAUUGAAAAUGAGCCAAGCAUGAACAGUACAAUCAACCAUCGAAAGCAACAAUAUUCAGCACACAAUUGUACAAAAACGCACACUUCUAAUCAAAAAAGACACAGCCAACUUUAACGGUGCUAUUUUGAUUUUUACAUUCAAUGAAAGUAACUAUUACCAGCUCAUUCCUGAUAGUGUCAAAUUCUAAGGAGGUCUAUGGGUUACACAAUUUUCACUCAUAAAUGCUUCAAUCCCACCAUGACACAAGAGUAUUGUACGCUGCCAUUUUGAGCACUUUUCAUUUUGUCACUGUAGCGUCACGGCACGGCAAUAAUGUUGACUGAUUCAUGUAUAUACUGAUGGGGAAAUAUAUUGUAACGGGGGGGCUGAGUUUUCAUUCGCUGGAAACCGCGGGUGGUGCAUCUCUGGGAAUGAUAAAAUAUAAAGAGUUUAAAUAGAAAUCGCUGCUGCAGAAUAUAAUAUAUGUUUUGGGAAAAUGAAUUAUAAUCCCUCCCUUUAGUUGGUUCAUUUGUCACUGUUCCUUAGCAUUAACAGUGUCCCAUGGACUUAUAGGUAAAAAAUAUAGGGUUAGCAUUUUCAAUACAUUCGCAUUAGCCACUAAAAAUCACAUUGAAUGAGAGGGUUUUGGAAAAUGGAAACAACUUCCACAGCUGUGUACGUGUUUAGAUAGGGACAUUUAGCAACCUUUAUGAAUGUUGUUAUUAUACAUUAGCAAUAUACAUUCAUACAAAGUGAAAUUUUUCAAACAUUUUUACAUUAAAUUGUGAAGAUCUCGAAGCGAAAUUCCUCAUAAAAAGUAAGAAAUGCUUGAAAUAUUUGCGUAUACUGAUUAUGAACUCUAUAUGAAAAUACAUUUUUAAAAAUAGUAAAGAUAGCUCCGCUACUGUCAAAAUGUGCAUUCAAUAUAUGGCAUCGCAGAGGAUGUAUACAGUGUUAUAUGGAGUCAAGGUUGCUCAUUUUGCAGGAGGUGAAGGAAAACGUGGUCAUAAGUGCCACAGCAUCUGGUGGUGACACUGACAUGAGCCCAUAUGUUUGUGUCAGGUGGGUCUAAAUGAACUAAGUUCACGGCUAAAUAUAACAGAUAGAGUCACAACUAAGGGCUAAUCGCACUCACCAUAUCACUACACCCCAUGGUGACAAAUGAACCAGCUUAUGGGCGUUGAAUGCAUGGCCUGAUUCUUGGAUGGAAUAGAUUUUUGCUUGUUGUGUGAAUUAUAAAUCUUGCCUUAACCAUUUGCUGCAGAAAAAGACCACAACACAACAUUUUAGUCUGUUGUUUUAGAAAAGGGGAGGUAGAUGAGGAAUGCUGACACUAAACCGAACCAUUCCUGCUAAAACUACUGUGAUCUGUAUGUGCUGCUCUAUCAUGCAGUCUGAGUCUCAAAGCCAAAUAAAGACAUUUAUUAACC